GGGCACGCCUUCAGGAUGAACGACAUGGACUUGGAGCGGAGAAACCUUAAGCCUGCCACCAGCUACACCAGUACCUCGCUUCAUGGGGCUGUCAAGCUGUGUCUGGAUGUGGGUGGGACCAGUGCCUUGUCCCAGCUGCCACCACAGACCAUACCCCGACGCUUCCAGGAUGUGUGUCAGCAGUACGCGGAGCAUCCAGCCCUUGUCUGGGAGACGCCCGGAACGGGGGGGGACGGGUGGACCACCUUGACCUAUGCCGAUUAUCAGCGGAGAGUGGAACAGACUGCUCUGAUGCUGAUUAAUGUCGGAUUGGAGGAACGCAGCUCGCUUGGCGUCUUGGCUUUCAAUUGCCCCGAGUGGUUCUUUGCCGAGCUGGGAGCCCUGCGAGCUGGUGCCGUGGUGGCUGGUAUCUAUCCCAGCAACUCGGCGGAGGCUGUGCGUCAUGUGCUGGCCACCAGCGAGGCCACGGUCUGUGUUGUGGACGAUUCCCAGCAGAUGGCCAAGCUGAGAGCCAUCAAGGACACACUGCCACGCCUGAAGACAGUCAUUCAACUGCACGGACCUUAUGAAGCCUUCGUUGACAAAGAGGAGGGCUACUACAGCUGGAAGCAGCUUGAGGAGAAGACUUACUCGAACGAUCUAAAGAAGGAGCUACUAGAAAGAGAGAGUCGGGUGUAUGCCAACGAAUGCGCCAUGCUGAUCUUCACCUCCGGGACUGUGGGUCUGCCCAAGGCGGUGAUGCUCACCCACGACAGCAUUGUCUUCAAUGCGAAGUCCGCAUCUGCCAGCAUGAAGGACGUACAGGAUGGCGAGGAGCGCAUGGUCAGCUUUCUACCCCUCAGUCACAUCGCUGCCCAAAUAUUCGAUGUCUUCCUUGGCCUCGAACACGGAGGUUGUGUGACAUUUGCCGACAAGGAUGCGCUCAAGGGAACUCUGGUGCGAACGUUACAGAAGGCCAAGCCGACGCGUAUGUUCGGUGUGCCGCGGGUCUUCGAAAAGUUCCAGGAGCGUCUGGUGGCCGCGGAGGCCAAGGCCAAGCCCUAUUCGAGACUGCUGCUGUCCAAGGCCCGUGCGGCGGUGGCUGAAUACCAAUUGGCCGUGAUGGCUGGAGAGAAGCCUUCGAUCUACGCCAUUACCAAAUACUGGUUAGCCUCACGCAUGAUCCGACCCAUUCGGCAGAUGAUGGGCUUGGAUCACUGCCGAAGCUUUUUGACUGGCGGGGCCCCCACCUCCGAUGAGAUGAAGAACUUCUUCCUGGGCCUGGACAUAGCGCUGGGCGAGUGCUACGGAAUGUCAGAGAGCGGCGGAGCCAUCACCCUGAACACGGAGAUCUCGAAUCUUUUCAGCUCAGGUCAGCCGAUUGCUGGGGUGGCGGUGAAGGUCCAAGAGCCCGAUGCUAGUGGGAAGGGGGAGAUUAUCAUGCGGGGACGCAGUACCUUCAUGGGCUACCUGGGCCAGCCGGAGAAGACCAAGGAAACCAUCAAUGCGGACGGUUGGCUGCUCUCUGGUGAUCUCGGCUACUUCGAUCAGCAUGGCAAUUUGGUGAUCUCUGGCCGACUCAAGGAACUGAUCAUCACGGCUGGCGGCGAGAACAUUCCGCCCGUGCACAUCGAAGAGCUGAUUAAAAAGGAGCUGCCCUGCGUAAGUAAUGCCCUGCUGGUCGGCGACCAUCGAAAGUAUCUCACAGUUCUGCUGUCGCUGAAAGCGAAAUCUGAUCCCACGACGGGCAUCCCGCUGGACGACCUACGGGAGGAGACUAUCGAGUGGCUGCAAGAAGUGGGCCUCAAUCAGACCCGUCUCUCUGAGCUUCUGAGCAUUCCUGCAGACCUGCAAUUGCCCAACGACACGGCUGCCAUGUCGGCGGCUCUGCAGAUAACGGCGGAGCCAAAGCUCCUGGAGGCCAUCGAGGCGGGCAUCAAGCGGGCAAACAAGAAUUCCAUUUCGAGUGCUCAACGGGUGCAGAAGUUCGCCCUCAUGCCGCACGAGUUCUCCCUGGCCACCGGCGAGCUGGGACCCACACUCAAGAUUAGGCGCAACAUAGUCCAUGCCAAGUACGCCCAGAUCAUUGAGCGUUUGUAUAACUGAAAGUUCGCUUUUAAGACGAUUUCUUAGUUUAGGUUUAUAUAUAUUAAUGAACUUUGGCACAUGUAGUUGUGUAGACUGUGUCUUCUAGACACUAAUAUUUAUAUUAUAUAUUGGCUUUGUUGAA